UUGUCAGUUAAAUUUAGUUAAUAACAUACACAUAGAAAUUAAAGUUACAAUUAUGUGUUGGCGUUGUUGUUGGUGUCUGUGUUGUUGUUGUUGYGACAAUAGUGUUACCAAUGAUGAUAUCGGUCCUAUCUAUUCCCAAGAACCGGGAUGUCUGGAAAAAGGUCAACAAUUAACUAAGACAUCGGGCGGUCACAGUGUUAAUAUGCAAACAGUUAACCGAUUAUCUACCAGUCGAGAGCUACAGGAGCUAAAAAAGACAUUACCAAAGAUGGACGCCUAUAUCUAUUGUCGUCCAUUCAUUGACUUUUCACAGAUCGCUGAACACUUGUUUCUAACAGGUUAUGGCGGUAUUACCAAUGAAAAUAUCAAAUAUAAUAGCAUUAAAUGUAUUGUUAGUGUCACUUAUGAGACACCYGUUUAUGCGAUGGACGGUAUAUCCUUUAUUAGAGUGCCGGUUGCUGACAAUGGCAAAGAAAAUAUGUAUAAAUAUUUUGAUGAAUUAAGUGAUAAAAUUGCUGAACUCGUCGAUAAUAAUAAUAAUACCAAUACUGUUGUUCAUUGUUUGUUUGGUCGGAGCCGAUCAGUCACUGUAGUGUUAGCUUAUCUGAUGAAAAGUCAACGAUUGUCAUUAGAUAAGGCCUUUGAUUUAGUAAAAUUCAAUCGUCCGGUAAUUGCUGUAAAUCCCGGUUAUAUCCGACAACUCGCACAAUACGAACGGUAUUUAUUAGGCGAACGGUUAACAAAAUUGGAUGUUAUUAUAGCUAAAAAUAAGCGGUUAGUGUCGGCUAAAGAGUUGGCCGCCAAAUAUGAAUAG